UCUCCAGUAUGGUCCAUCCAUCAUUAACCAAAAUAACCUGAAUUACACAAAAAUCAAUAAUGAAGACCAUACUGAUAGCAUUUGUGCUUCUCUUUGCCUUGAGCUCUCAACCAUUACUUGGAGCAGCAGAUGCAUCACCUGAGCAAGUGGUUGACACAUCAGGGAAAAAGCUCCGAGUUGGUCUCAGUUACUACAUUGUUCCGGCUGUGCCCUCAACAAGAUGCGGAGGAUACGGAAGAUGCAUGAAUAGUGGAGGCCUUUCACUUGCCAGCAUUGGUGAAUCAUGCCCUCUUGAUGUGGUGCUUGUGAGAGGAUCUCGUGGCUUGCCAUUGUCAUUCUCACCCGUUAACCCUAAGAAAGGUGUUGUUCGUGUGUCCACUGAUUUGAACAUCAUGUUCUCCACCGAUCAUACCAGUUGUGCUGAGUAUUCGACAGUGUGGAAACUGGACCACUUUGAUGUUGCUAAAAGACAGUGGUUUGUGACCACAGGUGGCUCUGUAGGAAACCCUGGUUGGGGAACCAUACGAAACUGGUUCAAGAUUGAGAAGUUUGAAGGUGCUUAUAAAAUUGUCUAUUGUCCAACUCUGUUCCCUCAUUCCAAGCACUUGUGCAAGGAUGUUGGCAUCUUUGUGGAUGAAAAUGGCUAUAAGCGUUUGGCUCUAAGCGAUGUUCCAUUCAAAGUCAAGUUUCAGCUCUCCUGAACAAAUUAAUGUCUGAGAAACUAAUAAGUGUGUUUUAUUUUAAUUCAGUGUUUAUCAAGUUAAUUGUGAAAUCAUGUUAUGUUAAAAGAAGUUAAUAAAAUGAAGAAAUAUCUUCACUCUUAUAUCUUUAAGUUUAUAGAAUAAAUUUUGUGGCAGUAUAAAUGGUUUAUAUUUCUGAAUUUGUCUCGUUUUGCCAUCUAUAGGAUAGGAAUUGAAAUUUGGAAAAGUGGAAGACACUUUAGUAUUCAAGAACGUCAAAUUAAGGGAGAAUAAAAUGUUGAAUAAUGUAUUCAAAACCCAUGCUUAAUGGAGAUAUAUAUGAGAAAAAUCUGAUACAUAUAUUUAUGGAAAGUAU